AUGCUUCGGUAUCGGGAAAUACAUGAUUUGGUUCAUACUUUGCUUGGUCAACCAACUGAUAUGCUUGGUGAGGUCGUUGUUAAAUGGGUUGAAGGCAUACAAACUCUUCUUCCUAUGUGUUUGACUGCUGGUUAUUUUGGUUCUCUGCGUCUUGCACCCAAACAAACGGAAUUAUUUCUAAAUGGACAUUUACAAUAUGCAAUUCGUACAGGCAGAGAAGCACAUUUUCUAAUGUGUGUUUAUUUUGAAGAACAUUGGGAAGAUAAUUUUCAAGAAUUUCGGUCAUCUUUAAAUAUUCAAUCACCACCUUCCAGAAAACUGAAUUAG